UUGGUUCUGUCUGCCUCCAUGCCAAGUCCUAAGUAUCCUGGGCCAUGGAGCUGUGGAAGCUCAGAGCUAGCAUCUCCCAUGCCCGCACAGGAGCUAGCAGGACAUGAAGAUCAUAGGCCUCCUCUUCCCUCCUCUUCCUGCUUGCCCUGAAUGCCCCCACUGCAGCUGUGGUGGCUCUCAGACACUGACCACCUCAAGAAUCCAAUCUGGAAUGAUGCAAGCUGGUGGUACCUGCCACUCGAGUUGGAGGCUGGGGGCAUGGGGCCUCUGCCAGUCUAGAAGCCUCCAGAAGCCUCAGCACCUGUGAGUCCAUUGGGAAGACCUGGCCAGUCGAAGAGCCAGGCCCAGGAAGAGCAUUCAGCAGUGAGGACUACCAAAAUCCCUUCUGAGGAAGACCUCCAUGACCCUCAGGAAGAAGUCAGCACAGACACAGAUGUGGGAGUCCACUGUGGAGUCCCAGGGCAAGCAGCUCCUGCCAGAGCUGCCUCUAAAGGAAUCCUCCUCACACGAGGACUCUGGCCUCAAGGCAGUUCCCAGCACACAUACUCUUUAUGUGGGCCACCUGAACCCCCAGUUCUCUGUUCCUGUGCUUGCCUGCCUGCUAAGAGACACCCUAGAGCGGCUGGAACUUCCAGUGGCCCGUGAACACAUUGAGGUAGUGAGGCGGCCACGAAACACUUAUGCACUGGUACGGGUGGCUGCCCCCAAGGAUGUCCUGGCCUCACUCCCCUGGCGCCUGCAGAUGGCCUUGGAGGAGCAGCUAAUCCUCAAAGAGCUCACAGCCCGUGGCAAGGAGCUGGUGUUGAGUGAGGGCUUCGAGUCCCUAAGCCACAGGGAGCAGGAUGACAGCGGCCCAAGCCCGAGCCCUAGUCCUGGCCCCAGCCCAGGCUUCAGGCGCCAGCAGCUGCCCCAACUGCCAGACCCUUCCCCUAACUGGGGCUGGGCUGGGCGUCGGCAGAUCUCUCACAACCGACCCAGUGGCGUGCGAUCUGACAGUGCCAUUGUGCACCAGGAGAUAGUGGGUCAGGAGCAGCUAUUCCAGGGUGCUUUCCUUGGCAGCGAGACGCGGAAUGUAGAGUUUAAGCGAGGCAGCGGUGAGUACCUGAGCCUGGCUUUCAAGCACCAUGUACGUCGCUACGUGUGUGCCUUUCUCAACAGUGAGGGUGGCAGCCUGCUGGUAGGUGUCGAGGACAGUGGCCUGGUACAGGGCAUUCACUGUAGCCACCGUGAUGAGGACCGUACACGCCUGCUGGUAGACUCCAUCCUGCAGGGCUUCAAACCCCAGGUCUUCCCUAAUGCGUACACCCUCACCUUCAUCCCCGUCAUAAGCACUUCCAAGACCAACAUACCUCUCAAGGUACUCCGUCUGACUGUGCACACCCCCAAGGCCCAGGGUGAGCCACAGCUAUAUGAGACAGACCAGGGGGAAGUAUUCCUACGGCGUGAUGGAAGCAUCCAGGGCCCACUGUCUGUUGGUGCCAUCCAGGACUGGUGCAGGCAGGUGAGGAGGCUCUGGCCAAGAAAUGGACAAUGGAGCUGGGCAAGCUGGAGGAGAAGGUGAAGGUGCUGACGGUGGAAAAGGAGCAGCUGAGCCAGCAGCUGAGGCAGCGCCGGUCCCUGUCCUGCAGCUGCUGUGUCCUGUGAGAAUGAGGAAGAUGUGGGCUAAGGCCUGGAAUAAACAUGCAUGUGCUACUGCA